UAAACCGGAAAUGACGAAUCCAACGGAGCGCCAUCGGAGCGCUUGCCGUGUUUGCUGCCGGGGAAAACACAAAGGUAGUUCCCGCGUUCCCGCAUCUGAUUGCUGCUGCAAGAUCUCUCGUCUUCUUCAAUACUGUCGUUGCGAACGAUUCAGCCGUCAAUUGCGCGUCUGAGCACCUCAUCCUGCUUGGCGGUGCCGCUCCGACCGGCAUGCUGAACCCCGCAGAACACACGCCGUGCCACGGAAUCCUCGACCGCCAUUACACGCCAUAACCGUCACGUGACAUUCUGGAUAAAUCUUCCUAAUCUCUCGCAGUUCGGCGAGACCCCGAAAAAAAAACCUGUGCAUCAAGACCACCUCGGAACAACGCCAGUGCUUCAAACCAGUGACGCAGUGAAACGCCGCAAGAAACUAACCCGAAAAUAGGAGACAACAUCGAACCACCAUGACGACCCGUGUGUUUGUGGGUCGCCUCAACUACGAUGUGCGAGAACGGGACUUGGAGAAGUUCUUCAAAGGCUACGGCCGCAUCGGUGAAGUUCUGCUCAAAAACGGCUACGGCUUCGUCGAGUUCGACGACUACCGUGACGCUGAAGACGCGGUGCACGAUCUCAACGGUAAGAAGCUGAUGGGCGAACGCAUCUCGGUCGAACUGGCGCGAGGCAUCCGCCGUGGGCCGGGCACCGGCUACGGCGGAGCAAGCAGCUCGCGCCGGUACGGCCCGCCCAGCCGCACCGAGUACCAGCUCCUCGUGGAAAACCUGAGCAGCAGCGUGAGCUGGCAAGACCUCAAAGAUUUUAUGCGGCAAGCCGGCGAAGUCACCUACACGGACGCACACAAGCUGCGACGCAAUGAGGGAGUCGUCGAGUUCGCCACCUACUCCGACAUGAAGAACGCGCUGAUCAAACUCAACCACAUGGAUCUGGACGGCCGUCGAAUCCGACUGAUCGAGGCGAAGCGUCUGCGCCGGUCGGGGUCGAGGUCCCGGUCCCGGUCCAGAUCGCGACCGAGGAAACGUCGCGCCGACUCCAGCCGCUCCAACUCGCGCUCGAGGAGCCGGUCCUACAGCAGAUCGCGGUCCCCGCCGCCCCGUCGUCGCGGCAGCAGGUCUGAGUCGCGUUCCAGGUCGCGCUCGAGGUCCAAGACUAGAGGCAAGAGGUCCCCGUCCGGACGCAGUCGCUCCAGGUCGCGUUCGACUCCUCCGAGAAACAAGUCACGCUCCGUGUCCAAGGGCAGGGACGAACCGAAGGCGAGAGAUUCCCGAUCAAAGUCGCGGAGCCGCUCGAGAUCCACGUCGAAAGGUGCCGAGAGGAACAACAGGUCGAGGUCCAAGUCGCCCGCAGAGAACCGGAGCAGGCGGUCUCGGAGCCGCUCGGCGAGUCCUGCCCGCAACUCGACGUCCAAGAACGAACAAGGAGGCAGCCGGUCGCGUUCGCGCUCGUCGUCUGCAAACAGCAACGCGUAGUGGAGUUCUCCCCUACCAAGUGGGGAUCUCGGCACCAUUGCGUGUUUUAAAUCGUUUCACGACGCGCCGCCGCCUCGAUUUUGCCACCAAAUCACGUACAUACGAUUUUUUGUUUUGCCUUCUAUCACCCCCUCUCUUUGUCGCAUUUGUUCUUCCCUUCUUUUUUUACGUCUUUGUUGUUGUGGAUCGCCAAUAAAGGCAAGAAAAAAGCU